AGUUCUUCUGAUUCACUUGUUUUUCUAAUGACCUCUCUGACACAGAGGCGCAUCGGUUUGCGUCCACAAUGAGUGCAUUGUCCAGGAUAACCUACAUGUCAAGCCUCACUUGCCAGCAGCGACCUUCCGGAGCACCCGCAACCCCAUUAUAGCCCCUUUUAGCUGGGAUGUUCUGUUCUACGUACUACCGCGUCCCUUCCAAGAAAUCCAAUAAUAAGCAAGACAAAUAUUUCCUUAAAUGUUUUUUUUUCUAUGAAUGUUAGCCACGAAAUGGGGUUGCUUCGGGGGAAAAUUACAUUACAUAAUACCGUAUGUUGCCUUUAUUGAACAUUACCGUUUGUCCAGUUUGAUAUUUGGGAACCCAUAACUCCCCUUUGCCACUGCCCCUCCUCCUUGUCCCUCCUUUUUAAUAACACUGCAGAUUUUGGGGGAAAGCGAGCUACUAAGGUUCCUCCAGAGGGAGCAAUAAUUCUAGAUGCCCUUAACCGCUGCUCUUUCAUCAUAGCACACAAACUUGGUACCAGCACGUUACUAAACUUUGUUAUAUAGCACAGGAUUUUUCAAUUAUUUCAUUCAUUUUACCUCUUCCAGGGCUUCCUUUCAUCGCCUUCUGUCCUUAACAGUCCUUCGUCCAUCCCAAUCCACUCCUCUGUGUCCUCAGUACCACUUUGCAGCUCCCAGCUGUCCAACUCCAAAGACCUAUGGGGUCGCGUAAAGAAUAUAACCACCAAAUGGCAUUGCAUGCAGGGAAAAAAAUGGAACCUUUAUAUCCCUAUGAUUUUGUCUUUUUUAAACAAUUCUGUUUGUCUAGUUUGAUUCAAGAAGUGCUUUGGGGGACCCUGAGCCCCCCUUCGCCGCCGCCCCUCCUCCUGGUCCCUCCCUUUCAUUAACACUGCAGGUCCAAUGCUGGUCGAUGUGACUUUUAGAGAAAAGCGGAGAAGCUCAUGUGUCUUGUGGACAGAACCAUGCACACAGACCGGCAUGCAGCCUCCUGAACGACAACAACAGAUCAACGCCUUAAGGUCGGACCUUUCCCCUUAUUUGCAUUACGCCAAAGCACCGCCAAUUAACCUCACAUAUUGUACAUGUCUUCUCCUAUCAGCUUGAUUGUCAAAACAUGCAAAAACUUUUUCUUUUCUGCAGAACUUGCUUUUUUUUUCUUGCCUUCCACCGUUUUGAAGUAGAGUUCAAUUAAAACAUUUCUGUGAAUUUGAAAAAACCCAGACUAUAGCGACUGUUUCGCACAAGAACGCUUUCAUUGCUGUUUAUUUUUGAACUGGAAGACUAUUUACGGGACUUUGGCUGCAGAUCAGUGUGGCACCAACAUCAUGGGGCUUGUGUUUUGGAUGUGCUUGCUGCUGGCUCUCCCACUGCUCCAGUCUGCCAAGAUCCUGACUGUCUGCCUAAUUGGAGGAAGCCACUACUUGCUUUUUGACGAGAUAUCUCACAACUUCCAUCUACACGGCCACGAGGUUCGCAUGCUCUUGCAACUGGGCAACCCUGUGAUCACAGGUUUGUCCUAUGUUGGUCGGAAUGACAGCUACCAGACCAGCACUUGGUCCUUAGGAGAAGAGUACAUUAAACAAUUAUACGGCUGGUUCUUGGAGCAACAAACACAGUUUUUACUUGGACGGGAUAACUUGAGUGGCUUUUUGAACUUCAUGGGGCACCUGUCCUAUCAAUGUGACCACCUCUUGGGAGACCACAAACUACUAAGGUUCCUCCAGAGGGAGCAAUAUAACAUGGCUAUCCUGGAUGCCUUUAACCCCUGCUCCUUCAUCAUAGCGCACAAACUUGGUCUUCCCUUCAUUGCUUUCUAUCCCGGCACUCUAAACGGUCCUCUCUCCAUCACAAUUCCCUCAUCCUUGUCCUCAGUGCCAGUUUGUAGUUCCCAGCUAUCUGACCAUAUGGGCCUGUGGGGUCGUGCAAAGAAUGUUUUUUACUCACUUGUAGGUGUAAUAGGCCAGCGAAUUGUUUGGUCCAUGUUUAAGGAUGUAGCUGACCGCCACCUCGAUUCAGGCUCUCCACCUGGUGGUCUGGACGAGUUCCACCACAAAGCUGAGCUUUGGGCCUUCAACACUGACUUCUCCCUGGAGUUCCCCCAGCCUCUUCUACCUUACACCGUGCUUGUGGGGGGUCUCCUCAACAAGGUGGCCAAGCCUCUGGAUCAGGAGCUUGACAUUUGGGUCUCGAGCUUCGGAGAGGCAGGGUUCAUUGUUGUGACGCUGGGCUCCAUGGUAUCUUCUGUCUCUGUGGACCGACUUCUGGUGGAGUUGGUCGAUGGCUUCUCCAUGAUCCCUCAGGGGGUCAUCUGGAGGUAUGAUUGUGAGCUUUGGCCGCCUCACCUAAGCAAACCUUCCAAUGUACGCCUUGUGGACUGGCUUCCUCUCAAUGACUUACUAGGACAUGAAAAUAUGCGUCUCUUCAUCACCCAUGGAGGUCAGAACAGUCUUCUCCAGGCAGUGUACCACGCUGUUCCUGUGCUGGGCAUCCCUCUGUUUGGAGAUCAGUUUGACAACAUGGUGCGAGCUGAAGCAAAGGGUUUAGGACUCACCAUUAGCUCCACGCAAAUCACCAGCAGGCUGCUUAGCUCAACCAUUCAAACAAUCAUCAAGGAUGCCAGCUUCAAGUCCGCAGCUUUGUCCCUCAGCAGCAUCCACAGAUCCCAUCCUGUCUCCCCAGCACUCCGGCUGGUGCAGUGGGUGGAACACAUUCUGCAAAGCGGAGGCGGGGCUCACCUGAGGCCGUCCUCGCUACAGCAGCCAUGGUACCAGAGAUAUCUGCUGGACCUGCUUCUUCUUCUCUUAAUCAGCCUGGCUGGGCCCGUCUUUCUCUGCUGGCUUCUCUGCAAGAGCAAGAAAAGCAAAGGUGACAGAAAGAAAAUACAAUAAAUGUGCUCUUAUGUUAAUAACUGAGUUAUUUGCCUAACUGUGAAGUCAGUGAUUAAUAAAUGUAUAAGACACUA